AAGACAAUACAGUAUUUACCCACAGUAGCCAUUGACAGUAACCCUUAAGAUAUAGAAAGAAAGAGAGAGGGAAAACAAUGGUGUAUGAAAAAAGAAUUGCCCAAAACUAAAAAUUUAUAUUCAAAGAGAAGAGAGAGAAAGAUAGGGACUAGUCUUUAGAGAGAGAAAGAUGAAGAAGAGGCAGAGAGCACUUUAUUUGCCUUUUUUAUGAUGCACGCAUCCAUGGCAGAGGAGGUACUUGCUGUAGCUGCAAAAUUUAUAAGCCAAUGGAACUUCAAAAAUGGAGUCUUUGCUUUGAGCUUGUGAAAUAGAAGCAAAAAAAAAAAAAUGGAGCUUUGGAGAAAAAGAAGGGUUAAAGUGAAGAAGAACAACAAAAGGAGCUAUUUUGACAAAUGGGUGUUUUUCUUUUAAAGCUUAGAGAUUGAUUUUCAUGGAGUUUUCUCUCUUGUAGGAAAAAAAACAGUUUUUUUUUUGUUGUGAUUUUUUUUUUUAACAAAUGCACUUUCAGUUCCAACCUAAAGUUGGGGUGGAACUUGCUGGGUUUGCUUCGAUUUAUCAAGACAAGUGGGCAAAACAGCAAGAAGAUAAUAGUUUCAACGACCAAGAACCAACUUCUGUUCUUCAUAUGAGAAGCCAAAGUCCACCUACAUCAGCAUCAACUCUUUCUUCUUCUUUCAACGGCGGAUCCGGGGGCGGCGGUAGCGGCGGUAAUUUCACUACUACCACCAUUGUACCACCUGAAAGCACCCAACUUGAGUUUCAACCGAUCCAAAGUGAACUAGACCUUGUUACAACAGGACCUGUUGGUGUUCAAAGAUGUAACAAUCUUGGUAUAGAAGAUUGGGAAGCUAUGUUAUUCGAGUCAACUGUGUCACCGAGUCAAGACCAAAACUCACUCCUCCAGGAGUUCCAACCUAAAGUUGGGGUGGAACUUGCUGGGUUUGCUUCGAUUUAUCAAGACAAGUGGGCAAAACAGCAAGAAGAUAAUAGUUUCAACGACCAAGAACCAACUUCUGUUCUUCAUAUGAGAAGCCAAAGUCCACUCACAUCAGCAUCAACUCUUUCUUCUUUCAACGGCGGAUCCGGGGCGGCGGUAGCGGCGGUAAUUUCACUACUACCACCAUUGUACCACCUGAAAGCACCCAACUUGAGUUUCAACCGAUCCAAAGUGAACUAG